AUGGUCCCUCCACAAAGACCGGGAUCAUUCUCACCAAACCCGGCCCAGACGCUUCAGACUGGAAACAAUCACUCCCCUCAUCCAUCGCACACUGGUAUUUUUAGUGCUGGCGCAAGCCCCAGCACCAGCAGUCCGAUAGGGACUAACUCCCUUACAAAGAUUGUUGUCGCUCAAGUCUAUCUUCUACUGAGUACCAUCAAAGAGGAUCCCUCGGAUAGAAGCAAAUUUGACACGCAGGCAGAGCAGCUAAAAAAGCUUAUCGAUGAAAACGGAAUGGAAGUUUUUUCCAAAUAUUUCACCCGGUUGGUCGCCGGAAAUGCAUCUCAUAUAUUUCCGGGCUUGAACAGACCAGGAACAGGUCCCGGGAACUACCAUAUCCUCGUUAACGAGGUGAAAAGGAUUUCCCACGAUGUGCAUCAAGCUGGUAAAAUAGCCGAAUCGGUAGAGGGCGGGACGGAAGACAUAUUCCGCGAUUUCGAUCUGUCAACAUUUAUGGAACAUUUCAAGCUCGAUGCUCUGGAAAAAACACUCUUAGCCCUGGCUUUCAAAACUGGGUCGCGUUCGGAUUUGAAAACGAGAGCCGAUGCAAUUUUGUCUACAAACUUCACAACUUUUGUGGACAUUAUUUCACGACCCGAUCUUGAGGCGCAUGCCGAUCUAUCUCCCGCCUUUGUAGCCUCCAUCGUUGAUCGGUUUUUGCAAUAUCAUCCUCCUAGCUUCAAUGCCUCGUCUCUUCGCGAUCUUCACAACUCUAUCAGCAAGCGAUUCCUUACCGCCGAUCAGGCUCCGCCCUCCGAGGUUCUAGCUGCUUUAGAUUUGGGCAGGGUACUGGCUGAUAGGCCUGCAAACGCUCUGGCAAGGUAUAUGCAGCGAACCGGUUCAGAAUUCAGCAAAGAUGAGGAGACAUGCUUUUCGUACCUACAAAACCGGCCAAAUAUUGCGCAGUUGAACCCAGAGCAGGCAGCUCAUGCCCUUAUCUAUGCUGCUAUCAGUCAGUCUACAGUGCACGACCCUGCUAUCCUCGUUUCCGCCCUGCAACGAGUCGUCCCCAAAUCAUUUGAUUGGAAUGAUGUGGUUCUGUUCUUCGAUCAACCCACGGCUCGCCUCUCCUCCGCUCAGUUCUUGCGACUCUACAACGCCCUCCUGCCGUUAGCGAACAACACGAAGAAUAAUUUUCAUAUUCAGAGGCUUUGGGGUGGCUCGUGGAGUGAACCAGAAGCACAGCUUUCGUUUGUCAGUGCAUACGCCUCCCUGGGUCCUGAUCAGCUAGAUGCCACAACUAUUCCCGGCUUGCAGCGGAGUAUUGUCCUCGAGGAUUAUGCCGAUUCUCCCAUCAACGUACAGGAUAGAGCUGCUGUGGCCGUGAAGCAUCCACUGGUGUCUGUGGCCGCUCUUUCCGCAAUAUUCAAUGUUGCGCUGAACUCUGUGCAUGCGUCGCAAACGAUCGAGGCGAAGCGACUUUUCCAAGAAGUGGUAGUGCCUAAUCUAGACAUUUUCCUAGUUUCUGCCUUUGAGGUUCCGAGACAAUCAUGGGCAACGAUGGCGGUCGACACCUUAAAUUCGCUAUUCGAAAACUUUUUGUACAAGCGGUCACCAGAAUAUGACUUUGUUCUGGAUAGCUUGUGGAGGAAGGACAAAGAUUGGGUCACUGCCAGACUGAUCGAGGCUCAUGCCGUCAAGCCAUCAGAUAUCCCUCUUAUAUUCGAGCAUGCGGUACGGCACGGCUGGUUAGAUGUUCUGGUCUAUUUACCCAACGGCUUUGGUAUCGAUUUAGCUGCCUUUGCUCAUGCACAGGGUUAUCUAGACCUAAACAACUGGGCAAAUUUCAACAAGGAUAGGAGUGCAGAGAUUUCUAGGACCCUCUUGCAGUUCCUGAUAAUCAAGGGCGAGCUGGAGAUCAGGUUUCAACGACCAGCUGAAGACCAAUUGCAAGCCAAGCCAAGCACCAGCCUGCAGGUCCGCACAGUAUCCGCUCUCCUGUCAAUUCUCGAGGAUUUCCUACCGAAAGCUCCCAUGCAAGAUCUCAUACUUGUUCAACGUCUUUGCAUCACAGCUUAUCCCAGGCUGAUCAAUUUUGGAGAAGGUUACGAUGAUAUUAUUGAAGCCAGCAGCAAAGACGGAAAUGCUCUUCCCAUUGCAGCAAAUGCCAAGAUGGAAGAUCAUUACAAGAAGAUGUAUGGUGACGAGAUGCAGGUGCGAACUAUUGUGGAUAUUUUGGACCAAUACAAGCACUCCAGGGAUCCCCUGGACCAAGACACGUUCGCUUGUAUGAUCCACGGGUUGUUCGACGAAUACAGCCAUUACGGGGGCUAUCCCUUGGAGGCCUUGGCUACCACAGCUGUUUUGUUCGGCGGCAUCAUCUCACAUAAGCUUAUUUCGGAUCUCCCAUUGAAGAUUGGACUCGGCAUGAUCCUCGAAGCCGUUCGUGAUCACACUCCAGACGACCCUAUGUACAAGUUCGGUCUUCAAGCCCUAAUGCAGCUCCUGGUCCGGUUUCGGGAAUGGCCAGGUUUCUGCAAGCAGCUACUCCGAAUUCCCGGCCUCGAGGGAACAGAGGCUUUCAAAAAGGCUGAAGAGAUUGUUCGCGACCAUGAAGACGAACUUGUUAGCGCUAGUAAUGGGACAGGUGCAUCUCAUGGCCUCGCAUUUGGGGCUGAGUCCUUUGCAAAUGGCGGUACAGACGAUCGGCCAAAUAAUGAUUCACAGGCUCCCGCUUUUGCAGCAAUCAACGUUGAGCCCAUUCCCCAAGCUGCCGAGUUUGAGGACCCUGGUGAAGACGACCAGGGCAAAAUUCAGUUCGUCCUAAACAACAUUACUCAGGGCACCAUUCAAUCCAUGCGGGACGAAUUGCGAGACAUGCUUGAACGCAAGCACCAACACUGGUUUGCAAGUCACCUGGUGGAAGAACGCGCCAAGAUGCAGCCAAACUACCAUCAUGUGUAUCUUGAGCUGGUCACACUCUUGCAGGACAAGAGUUUAUGGAAUGAAGUGCUCCGCGAAACUUACAUUAGCGUAGCUCGCAUGUUGAACGCGGAAGCUACCGUGCAGAAUUCCACGGAGCGAACCCAUCUGAAGAACUUGGGCGGCUGGCUCGGGUUACUCACGCUUGCUAGGGAUCGUCCUAUCAAGCAUAAGAACAUUGCUUUCAAGCAGCUUCUUAUCGAAGCACACGAUACGAAGAGGCUGAUCAUUGUCAUUCCAUUUGUUUGCAAAGUGCUGACCCAAGGCGCUUCAUCUGCAGUCUUCCGGCCACCAAAUCCUUGGCUAAUGGACAUUAUUCACUUGUUGAUUGAGCUGUAUCAUCAUGCAGAGUUGAAGCUCAACCUCAAGUUUGAGAUUGAGGUUCUUUGCAAGGGCCUCAACCUUGAUCAUAAGAGCAUUGAGCCAUCUGGUGAAAUCCUUAAUCGUCCCGCAGCAGAAGAGGUCGCAGAUGUUCUUGGUCCGGAGCAAUUGGAAGCAUUCGACAGCAUGUCUUUGAACGGAAUGGGAUCUUCCGUCGGUGUGGGUAUGACCUCUCAAGCCGUUGCCGCCACCAUCCCAGAUCUCGGUCCUUUGAUCAACAUUCCACCUACAAACGAGAUGGUUGUUAGCACCACACGUCUCCACGACAUCGUCAGAAACGCUCUUACGCGGGCUUUGCAGGAUAUCAUUCAACCAGUAGUGGACAGAUCUGUGACUAUUGCCGCAAUCUCAACCGCCCAGAUGAUUCGAAAAGAUUUUGUUGCCGAACCUGAUGAGAAUCGUGUGCGCACCGCUGCGGUCAGCAUGGUGAAAGCAACUGCCGGCAGUUUAGCUCUGGUGACCUCGAAAGAACCGCUUCGGGCCAAUUUGACUAACUAUAUGCGAAAUUUCUCAAACGACUUGCCCUCGGGUCUCCCUGAAGGAACAAUCAUCAUGUGCGUCAACUCGAAUCUUGAUCUUGCUUGUAGCAUCAUCGAGAAGCAGGCCGAAGAGAGGGCGGUACCGGAGAUUGAGGACAUGAUUGAGCCAGAACUCGAGGCCAGGAGACAUCAUCGCAUGCAGCAACCAAACGAGCCGUUUUACGCUGGACCUGUCAACCGAUGGGCCAUGACAAUUCCAAAUCCAUACAAGCUCUCGCCAAAUAUCAACGGCCUGAAUCCCGAACAGAUGGCCAUUUAUGAUGACUUCGCCCGGCAGCCUCGAAUCGCGCCCGCCACCACCUCACCUCACGCAGCGUCAACGUCUGAUGCUACACGCUCCCUGGCGAACGAAGUCCUUCAAGAACCGUACAGUACCAUUCCAAACAUUUCAACCCCAGCAGAAACCCCGUCAAUGCAGCACUUGGGCUCCCAGAUGCCAACUUAUGCACCCAUGCAUACUACUGCUGCAGCAAAUGUUCUUCAAAGUGGGCGUAAUGCAGGAUUUCAUAUGGAUGUUCGUGGCUUAGCCGAGCGCGUCAAUAAACUGCUCCAGGAACUGUUGCGUGUCGCAGGUGAAGCUCGGGAAGACCACUUUUUGGACCUACCCAGGCCGCAUCCUGUACUCGACGUAGUGGACGCCCUUGUUCAGCUCAUCAUCAAGACUUCGCAGAACUCAGAAGAGUUUGCCAUUUACGCGGCUGAGCAGAUCAGCGCUCUUAUUUUUCAGCAAGUCGAAGACAAUCUAACCUUGGAGAGCCUGGUGCACGUGCUGGAGACCUUGAGAAAGAUUUCUGGGCAUGCCUUGAACAACCGUGUGCGAACUCUCUUCAGCCAACAGCCAGGCUCAAACUUCCUGAGUCUCCACCUUCUGGCUGCUCUCAUUCGAACGGAUUUGCUCGAUUGGAGAAACAUUGAUCUGGCGAUGUCGAAGGCACUAGAGGCUCGCAAGGAAGGCUCGCUGGACUUUCUUGAACACAUGCUCGACCUUGCGCUCCUGAACAACCGCCCGAUUGCGUUGUAUGCAGACUUUGUUCGAACUCUUGAGAUGGCUUGGGGAUGGAUAUCUGAGGAGCCAAACAAUUCGACCGGACAAAGAUUGAAAACGAAGCUCCUAGGCUCAGAUCCGCCUCAGUUUUCCCGAGGAGGGUUGGAUGUGGAUGCUCAAGGGGGCUUUCGGCGAAAUCAGAUGGAGUACGUCUUUGAGGAAUGGGUCCAUCUAUACAAUAACCAGAAUGCAUCGGACAAAGCCACGGCUCUCUUCAUCCGGCAACUGCAGGUGAAGCAGGUCAUACGCGACAGAAAUGACUUUUUUGUCUUUGUACGAAUCGCCAUUGACCUGUCCAUUGAUCGAUUCGAACACAUCGUUCACGCCGGUGCUAUUGGCGAUGCAUACGUCAUGAUUGACGCCGUGGCCAGGCUAAUCUGCAUGUUUAUCAACCUGCAGGAGGAUACGUCAAUGUCUCGUGCUUCGUUCCUCGACUCGGCCUUGGUUCUCAUCACGCUCAUUUUGCAUCAUCAUCACCUGAAGAGGGGGGAGAACAUGAAUCAGAGAAUCUUCUUCCGCCUGCUCUCGGGGCUUCUGCACGAAGUUCUCGUCAACUCGGGCAAGGUCUCGGAUGAGGAACAGCACAGCCUGGUGCGCAAGUUUGCCUCGAGGUUCUAUGGUCUUGGCCCCCGCUACCUGCCAGGGUUUAUCUUUGGGUGGAUGUCACUCAUUCAACACCGGGUGUUCUUGCCGACCAUGUUACAGAUGCCAGGUAACGCCGGUUGGACUCUGUAUGCCAACCUGUUGGUUCAAUUGCUGGACUGCCUGGCCGAGCAGCUGAAGGCCUUGAAUGUCUUGACAGUGUCCAAGGAGGUUUACCGGGCCACUCUGAAGCUGCUGAUCAUCCUGCAACACGACUUUCCGGAUUUCAUGGGCGGCAAGCAACUGAGUCUUUGCUCAAGCAUGCCGCCUCACUGCACGCAGCUGCUCAACUCGGUGCUGGUUGCCAAUCCUCAACAGGGAUACACCAAGUCGGCCGACGGCAAGGAGGACAUGAAGAUCUAUCCCGGACUGAUUGAGGAGGCUAGGGUGAUGCUGCAAGAUUGCGGACUGUUGAGCCUGGUAGAGCAGACGCUCCAGAGCGGACCGUCGGAGGAUGCCGUCGCUCAAAUAGCACACGCAAUGACACAGUCCGAGUCAAAGGAGACGGCUUACGGACACGCGACUGUUGCAGCCAAUCCUCGCAUUAUCGGCGCCAUCGUCAUCUACAUGGGCAACCACGCAGCCGAGCGACUGUCUCGGUCCAUGCCGUCGAUCAGUGUUACGGGCAGUGAGCCGGAGGUGUCGACCUUGUCCCUUCUUGUGCACGAGCUGUCACCGGAGACACGUUAUUACUUGAUUGUCAGCAUCAUAAACCAAUUGCGGUUCCCGAGCAGGCUUACCGAGUUUUGCAGCCAGUUUCUCCUCUCUGUCUUCGGAAAGGACCUGAGUGAUCCCGAGGACACUGAUAUUCGCCAGGAAAUCACUCGAGUGUUGCUGGAACGUUUAGUCGGAUACUGGCCGCAGCCCUGGGGUCUCAUGUUGACGGUUCUCGAACUUGUAAAGAAUGACAAGUACAAGUUCUUUGAGCUCCCUUUUAUCAAGUCGACUCCGGAGGUCGUCGAACGGUUUGCUGCCCUGCUUCCACGGACAUGA